CUAUUACAAAAACCGCUGCGGCAUUCUGGGAAAACGUUCCGGUUUGUUGACAUGCUAUGUCUUACUAAAUUGUGUUACAUUUAUCAUGUAAUCUACUUUAUGCGUCGUGUAACGUUUUAACCUGAUUGUUGAUACAUACAUAGUUUGGUAAUGCAGUACGUAUCUCGAAGAUAGUGUCUACAGUUCGUAUUAUUCCAAAUAUAACUCAUGUGACUAUGGAAAAAGAUGAGGACAUGAACUCAGCGGAAUCUGGUUCCGAUUCGGAAAGGAUGAGCAUUGUGAUGAACAAAGAUCGGAAUGAGAGCAGCGACGACGAAUCGGCCAUGCGCGACGUUGGCAACAACGAGGGAGAAUACAACCCGGCGAAUCCCAUGGAGGUGAACAGCGCACCAGCCAGCCCAUCCGGAUUCGAUUCCCUGAUAAGAAGCCCAAGCAGUCCAGUGGGCAGUGGUGGUGAAUCGCCUGUGGAGAAUGCUGAUGACUUUGGGCCUGCCAGUCCGAUAGGAUCAGGGCAAUACAGCCCCGCAGGGUCUGGUCCAGCAAGCCCUGCAGACUCGGGUCCAGCAAGCCCCACUGGGUCUGGGAGCCCAGCGUACUCCACCCCGGAAAGCCCUAUGGGGUCUGGUCCGGACAGUCCUGCAGGGUCUGGUCUAGCUAGCCCAGUAGAGUCUGGUCCAGCUAGUCCUGCUGGGUCUGGCCCGGCUAGCCCUGCUGGGUCUGGUCCAGCUAGCCCAGUAGAGUCUGGUCCAGCUAGUCCUGCUGGGUCUGGCCCGGCUAGCCCUGUAGAGUCUGGUCCAGCUAGCCCUGCUGGGUCUGGUCCAGCUAGCCCAGUAGAGUCUGGUCCAGCUAGUCCUGCUGGGUCUGGUCCAGCUAGCCCUGUAGAGUCUGGUCCAGCUAGCCCUGCUGGGUCUGGUCCAGCUAGCCCUGCAGCAUCUGGUCCAGCUAGCCCUGUAGGCUCUGGCCUGGCUAGCCCUGCUGGGUCUGGUCCAGCUAGCCCUGUAGGGUCUGGUCCAGCUAGCCCUGUAGGGUCUGGCCCAGCUAGCCCUGCUGGGUCUGGUCCAGCUAACCCAGUAGAGUCUGGUCCAGCUAGCCCUGCAGGAUCUGGUCCGGCAAGCCCUGCAGAUUCUGGUGCUGACACUCCUGCAGUUCCAGCACCAGUUGUGGAUACUGGUCCAGCUAGCCCUGCUGAUAGUGAAUCUGACCACGCAAGUCCGGUGGGAAGUCCAAUUGUAGAUGACGAUGGCGAGCGGGAUCAAAGUGUGCAGAGUGCUGCAGAGGAUGCGGACAGUGUGAAGGAAGGUGCAGAAAGCGAUAAUGAAGCGGGCGAAAGAGCGGAUCUAGGCAGUGAAAAGGACGACGGAGAAGCCAGCGAUAAAGACCUGGACAGCGAUGCGGACAGCGAGAAAGCAGGCAGUGACAAUGAAGAUGCUGGUGACCAGCUAAUUGCUGAUAUCUUUGGGUCGAGCGAUGAAGAAGAUUUUGAGGGUUUUGGAGAAGAAGAUCUUGAAACACCCGCUGCACAAGAAAAGAAGAAAACUAAAGCACUUGUGUCAGAUAGUGAUGCUGACGACGGCUUGACUGAAGGCCUAGAAGCUGAACAGGGUGAAGAGGCACCUGCAGAUAAAGCACAGUCAAGUGAUAGCGACGACGAUAGAGGGCCCAAAGAGGAUAUUGUCUACGAUUUUGAUGUAAUGCUCCAAAAGAAAAAAGAAGAAAACAGAUUGCACAGACGAAAGAAACGAGAUUACGACAUAAUAAACGACAAUGAUGAUGUCAUCGCUGCUAUGUUAAAAGACAUGAAAGAGGCUGCAGAGGAGGACAGAGUUUUAAACAGGGAGAAGAAGCCAGCUGUGAAGAAGCUGAAGAUGCUACCUAUCGUGCUGCAGCACCUCAACAAAGCUGAUCUCCAAAUGCCGCUACUAGAUGCUGGGGUAUUGACAGCCAUUGCCGACUGGUUCAUGCCUCUGCCAGAUAGGAGCCUUUGUCAUUUGCAAAUUAGAGAAGGUUUCCUUAAGGUUCUUGAGUCGUUUCCAGCCGUGGAUCAACAUCUCUUGAAGACGAGUGGGGUGGGUAGGGCAGUCAUGUUGCUUUACAAACAUCCGCGAGAGACGAAGGAUAAUCGAUUUAAAGCUGGGAAGCUCAUAAAUGAGUGGGCAAGGCCCAUCUUCAACUUGGCUUCAAAUUUCAAGUCCAUGUCAAGGGAAGAGAGAGAGCAAAGGGAUUAUCAGCAAAUGCCAAAGCGAAGAAAGCUCGUUGAAGCUGGUGGUAUGACUCCUGCCAGAAAAGACAUUGACAAGGCUCUGGAAGGAGAAGACAGAGCACCUCGCCCUGGUGAUCCUGGAUUUAUAGCUAGGGCACGCGUACCGAUGCCAUCUACAAGGGACUACGUUGUACGACCUCGAUGGAACGUUGAGUCGGAAGCGAUGCCUAUCAGGAAAGCCGAGAAGUCGAAAAAUGACCUUCGCCUGGAGAAGCAUAAACGCACGUUUAGGGAGAAGAAAGCUAUGUCGAGGAAGAACCUUCGUGCAGUGUCGAUUAGUGUCGAGGGAAGGAAGAUGCCCUUAUAGCAGUGGCUACUGUGUCCUCUCUCGCGCGUAUUCCCACAUUAUUCCUUCAUCCUCUCUCUCUCUCUCUCUCUCUCUCUCUCUCUCUCUCUCUCUCUCUCUCUCUCUCUCUCUCUUUCUUUCUCUCUCUCUCUCUCUCUCUUUCUCUUUUACUGGUAUUCUCUCUCCCUUGCUCGAUCUGCCUCUUUCUUUCCUCCCUUCCUCUCUUUUGACUUAUUCUCACAUCAUCCCUUUGUCUUUAUGCUUUCUUCCCUCUUGUUCUCUCUGUCUAUCUCUUUCUCCUUCCCCCUCUCUCUCUCUCCUCUGUCUGCUUUUGUCGCUGUCUGUCUCCUUCUCUGCUUAUUCCUGUUGUAUAUCUUGAUCACUGUUUAACUUGUCAGCCUUUAUCGAAUCGCUCGUCUUACUUACAGUCCUUAUGGUCUUGUGAAACAUCUGCGCUAUGCUGUAAAUCCAUGUGAUGAUGGAAUGUGCUCGUCUGUAUAGAUGGUGAGAUUGUACUCUUUGGACAAUAGCGUAACGUGCUCGUGCGUAUGCAAAAGAAAUUAUUUCUAUUCGUAAAAUAUUGAUAUUUUUUAGCAAGAGCUUGUACAGAAAACUGCAAAUUUGUGAAAGACAUCGGUGACAAUAAGAUAUAAGUAGGUAUUGGCUAGCAUUUAUAUUGCUUCUGUGUGUACAAUUUGGAUAAGUAUUAUUUGAGAAAUGUACAUUUGUAAAAUUAUACGCUCAUGAGUGUAUUUCUUAAACAGUACUAGUAGUUCACUCAAUACAGUAAGGUCAAUGCCUGUACUUCCUGGGUGUACAACGUGGUUGCAUCGUUGCCUAUGUCAAUUUAAAUCACUGGAUUACUGUCUUCGACGUGUCUAGGAAAUUGCACAACGAAUAUACUCAUUUUUGCUAUUAAAAUAAUUUCGAAUAAAGGUCGGGGUUUUUUGUUACUCAAUCAUACGGGAAAGUUCUUACUUCGCUUGGAUGAGUUUACUAAAACCGGAAUGAUAGCGGUUUAUGUAGUGAACGUAAUGCCAUGAUUCAGGAGGUAACUCUUCAAUGCAUGCAUUAUACCAAAAUUUAUUUAAAUAACUGAAGCUAUUUUAUGAAUGCAUUAAACAGUCCAGCUAGGAAUCAUGGUACUGGAUUUGUGUUCUGCUCAAGUAAAGCUGGUCUAGUGUGUUGCUUUAUCAGCUUUAAUAGUCAAUAUUUUCUUAUUUUCAGUUAAACCUAAAGGUCUGAAACGACUUCACCCUGUAAAUAGGUCACUGAUACAUUUUUACAAUUCUCGUGUAACAUGUAAAGACGUUCAUAACUUGACUAAUAUUUUGACAUUUUCCAGUCAAAUAUAGUCAUUGUACUUCGAAGUAUAUGUGAAUAAAUUAAAUAAUAACGAAAA